AUGAAGCAGCCUACUGGUACUUUAAUUUACAUUUUAAUUCUUUCACUCCUUCAGUUCACUCUUUUAAAAGCAAAAUUUUCUGCUUCCUCACGUCUUAGAAUCAAAAGAGAUUUAAUCGAAAGUUUCCAUAAAGCUUCAAAACUCUCGAAAUCUGAUUUACUCGAUAAAUCAGUAAUAGCAGACCAACUAAAACAAGAACCUUUUGAUAUUCCAAGUACAUCUAAUCGAAUUUAUAAUCCAUCUGAAGGCUCUACAGUAAAGGCGAAUAAGAAUGAAAUCACUGAAGAAGGAUUUGGGAAUAAAGGUUUAGAAAAAAAUGAAAUUGAAGAACUUGAAAUCAAUCGAAUAAAGGAGGAAAAAGUUACAGAACCUCAAUUGAAGGCGACUGAUAUAGUCUUUGAAUAUGGACGUAUAGUGUCUCUAUUCCGUACAUCAGCAAAUUCAGAAAUGAAGGCAAUGUAUUGUUUAUUAAACGGUGCACAACUUGAUCAGUCUGAAGCCAAUAAACUUGGAAGCCUUUUAGGUAUUGCAUUUGCAGAUUUCACACAAAAAUUUAAAGAGAGAUCUGUGGAAUCGAAACAAAUAGUGGAAUCCGCUUAUCCCGCUUAUAUGGAUUUCUUUCAAAAUUUUUAUAAAGCUCAAUUAUCCACUCUUCCAAAGAAUUGGGAUUCGAUGAUUGCAGGUCUCAUAGACGCCCUGCAACGCAGUCGUCGAUUUAGAUACAGGGAGAUUUUUGAAUACUUUCCUAAUCUUGAUAUAGAUAUCCGAAGAGCUGCUUCCGAUAUGUCAGCUAGAGCUAUAGAAGACCUCAUCAAGGCAGCAGAGGGUGGACAUAAAGAAGAGCUCGAAUUGGGAUUAUCUGAUCCUAUGAGAAGUAUCAGACUUGCCUCUGCUAAAUCUUUAGGUUUGUCUAAUGCUGCCGAUUUGGACAUCACAUUGCAUGAAUUCUGGAAAGGAUUACAAAAAGUUUCACAGGAAUUUACUGGACGUGGAGUGAAUCGAAAGUUAAUUGAGACUUACGAAAAGGAGAUGAUCUUAGCAGGAGAUUUCAAAAAGAUCAAGGAUCGAUUUCCAGAACUUCUCGAACCAACUGAUUUGCCUUCUUCCUCAAGUCAACAAAUCGAUGAAAUUGAAGAAAAAGUAACCGAUGGAUCGAUGAUGGCAACCAAUCAAGAAUAUGAAGAUGCAACAGCUUACUUAUUUGGGUCUAAAGCGGAGGAGAUCAAAGAGUUCAAAAUGAACGAUCCCAAAAUUGUUCAUCAAGAGUUUUGGAGAUUUUCUGAUGCCGUACUUGUUUCUCCAAAAUGCAUCAAGCAACCCGAAAUUUGUUUCGAUUAUUAUUUAAAUCUAGCAAAGACGAUGAGAACCCAAAAAGGGCUUGAUAACUGUGGUCCUCCUUUAGCUAGAGCGUUCUUGAAUAAACUUAAUCUAAUUCCCCCAGAGAAAGACGAGCUUCAAGGUUUAAUCAACAAUUGGCCGGAACCCGCUUCUCAUCUGUUAAGAACAACCUUUGGUGACUUCUUUGAUAAACAUUCGAUUCUUGAAGAAAAGCGAAUUAGUUUACUUGAAGCCAUGUAUAAGCAUGUGGAAACCUUCUCAAAACCCGAGGAGUUUAAUCCAUUCUGGAAACCCCGUGUAGACCCCUUUAGUCGCUUUCCAUACAUUGUAGAUGCAAAUUUCUUUACGGAAGGUCGUUCUCGCUUAAUCUCAGGUGAUUCAGCUACGAUUCGAUUCUUUAAAUAUUUUUCCCUUCACAACUAUAGGAGCAGCCCAGAGGGGGAAAAUCGCCUGAUAAGUGACUUGAGACGGUUUGAUGAAGCAGCAAAUCUAGAGAUUUCCCGCUCCGAAAACUUCUGGACUCAAAUGAUCGAUCUUUUUGAAUCGACGCGAGAUCAACCUGGCACGCCGAGUAGGCUGAUGAAGAAGUUUCCUAAUCUACUUGAUCGAUUGAAGGACCUCUCACCUGAGAUUCAGACUGCGAGAGAAAAUCAAUGGAAGGAAUUUGACGCGGCGGCCAAGGAGAAAACUCGCCUAGAGAAAUUAGCACGCCUGGAGGAACUGAAAGACAUGUCCAAGGAGAAAGAUAAUCUUUUUGGUUGUAUUGAGUUGAUCAGAACUGCUACGUCUUGGUUUUGCAAAAGGUACAAAAAUCAACCUAGCCUACCCGAAUUGCCGACCGAGAGAAGUAUAGGGAUCACAUCAUAG